CGCUGGUAUCUUUGCCGACGGCCCCACGAAACCGGACGCGAGCUCGCAACGAGGGAAACCCCCCACCCCGUUGGAGGGGACCCUCCACAGGAGUUCUCGCCCAGCCGCUACACCCCACGGCUCCACCCGCCAGGACACCGCUUCCUGCCGCUCGUCUACCUUGGUGUCGUCGCACCUCCUUGGCCGAGCAUGAGCUAGCGCAGCUCGCUGGCGGUGGUCCACGCUGCGUGCAGCUGCAUAACGUCACGAUGGUCUGGCCAUUCGACUUGCGCAUAGUGUGGACUUGCAGCUUGCUGCAGCCAGCCCUCGCCGAUAGCAUCAACAUUGAGCGGCCAUGCGAUCGCCGAUGGCGCGAGGCCAUGGCGCCAUGCGAAGCUGCCGGCACGGCCGUCCUUGAGCGGGCGAGGAGCGGUGGCCGAGGAGGAGGAUGCGACCAGGUGGUGUGUCACGACGGUCUGAACAUUGGCAAUAUAAUUCGAGCGAUGGAACAAGCAUACAAAGACCAAGUAGAAAUAAAAAAAAUCACCUUGAUUAUGGUGGCCUGGUAGGCUUAUUGACAGUAGACAGGAUGAGCGUCGUGACGCUCAAGCCGUUCCCGACGGCAACGUUCACGGCGCAGUGCUUCGCGGACGCGGCCAAGAUCUCGCCCGGCUGCUUCGCCAAGGCCGGCGCCGACCCGAGCGAGUGGGUCGACGCGUGCACGAACCUCACGAUGGCCGUCGUGCUCGCCAACGCCGAGAAGCGCGCGUCCCAGGACGAGCCGUGCUACGCAGCGCCGCCCAAGCUGCCGUUCGCGUAUCUCGACUCGGUCACGCACUACGCCAAGACCAUCGACAUGUCGGGCCAUGGCAUCGCGCGGCUGGGCAACAUGCAGCGUCGCUUUGACGUCGCCCUCAUCGUCGAAGACUUGUCGCUGGCCAAGAAUGCGCUCACCAACGUCUCGAAUGCGACGCCCUUUGCCGACUCGCUCAAGACGCUGUCGCUCGCGCAAAACGAGAUUGCGUCCUUGACGCAGCUCGUGGCUACGAACCUCAAGACACUGAAUCUAAGUGCGAACGCGCUACCGACACUACCGCCCAACGCCUCGAGCCUCUUCCCUCCGCGGCUCGAAGUGCUCGAUCUCUCGUACAAUACGAAGCUCAGGACGCUCAACUACGUGUUGUUUCCGUCGACGCUCACUACCUUGUACCUUGACGGCAACACGAUCGAGAGCUUGCAUUUGUGCAACUUUGGCGAUCUCAAAACACUGUCGCUUGUGGACGCCAAGAUUGCCCAGUUUACGAUUUCGAUUGCCCAGUACAACACCCUCUUCCAGUCGGUCUCGGUCAAGACGAGCUCCAAGACAGAGAUUUCGACCAGCGACUGCUCGACAGGGUCGCGUCAAAAGCUGCCAAGCGGCCUCACCGUGUGCGUCGACGGUCUCUCGGAGGGCUUGAGUGACACGGCGUAUGCACUCAUCGGCGUCGCCGUCGCCGUGUUCGUUGCGGGCGUGAGCCUCUUCGUGUACCGCCGGUACCGCCAAUCGCGCAAGAAGGGGCCCGCGUUCUCGUUCUCUGCGCUCGCGAAUCAAACCAACCGCGACAUGGCGUCCGCGCGGCCCCUGCCAAUGGCACAUCCCAUGCUCGACAAGAACGGCGACCAGCAGAUCGGCCUCGGCGGACGGCCGCGCGAGCUCACGGCGCUUGCGACCGGCGCCGACAAGGGCUCGGACAUUCGGUUCGAUCCGCAAUUUCAGCGGUUCCGGAUCGACCACAAGGAGAUUGUUAUGCACAGGACGAUCGCAUCCGGUGGCUUUGGCGUCGUGUACCUCGCGACGUACCACUCAAUGGACGUGGCCGUCAAGCGCAUGCUGCCGUCGGCCGUCGAAGGCAACAGCGACGGCGUCCGCGACUUUAUGGACGAAAUUCGGCUCUGCGCGCAGCUCGACCACCCCCACAUUGUGCGCUUCAUCGGCGUCUCGUGGAGUACGCUCAAGGACCUGAGUGCGGUGCUCGAGUUCAUGCCCAACGGCGACCUCGCGACGCUCGUCCGCGCCAAGGACGACGAUUCGCAGCGGUCGUCGGCCGCGCUCAAGCUUGUGUGGCCAGCACAAACGUCCGUCAAGACGUACUCGAAAGUCCAAGUGCUCAGCGAUGUGAUUGCGGGCUUGAGCUAUCUCCACGACCUCCACGUGAUCCACCGCGAUCUCAAGGCCAAGAACGUCCUCCUCGGCGCGCAGUUCGAAGCCAAGCUCAGCGACUUUGGCACGAGUCGCCAAGUCGUCAUGGACGCCACCAUGACGGCCGAGAUUGGUACGAUUGCGUGGAUCGCCCCCGAGAUUCUCAAGGGCGACCGGUACAGCGAGAGCGCCGACAUGUACUCGUUUGGCGUCCUCGUCUCCGAAGUCGACACGGGCGAGAGUCCGUACGGCAACGCGGUCUCGACCAACGGCACGGCGCUGCCCAAGCCCGUGAUCGCCAUGAUGGUCAUCGAAGGCGAGCUCCGACCGAGCUUCACCGACGAGUGCCCGCCCGAAGUGCUCUCGAUCGCGCAGCGCUGCCUCGACAACGACCCGCUCCAACGACCAAGUGCCGUGGACGUCGGCCGCCUUCUCACCAUGAUGCUGCGGUCGCAGACGUACGCCAUGUAAUGGACGCACUGCUCCUCGAUAUAUAUGUAUCUAAAGUGUUGUGCGACACGA